AAAAUGCAUAGCAGAGCCAGCAGGAACAGGCUUCCUUUUCUUACUUGUGUUGCCAUGGCCUUCUUGGUGGAGAGGUGUGGAGAGAUGGCUGCCUCUAUGGUGUCUCACAGACCAGUGCCUGCUCCUUUCCUCACCAAGACAUACCAGAUCGUUGAUGACCCUGACACAGACCACAUUGUCUCCUGGGGUGAAGAUGAGACCACCUUUGUGGUCUGGAGGCCGCCUGAGUUUGCAAGGGACCUCCUUCCCAAUUACUUCAAGCACAACAACUUCUCCAGCUUUGUCAGGCAGCUCAACACCUACGGAUUCAGAAAGAUAGCUGCAGAUAGGUGGGAGUUUGCGAAUGAGUUCUUUAGGAAAGGGGGUAAGCAUUUGCUCUCAGAAAUCCACAGAAGGAAGGCCUCUCAAGCCUCUCAAAGCUACAACCACUUGCAACACCAGCUCUUGAAUCACUCGCCGCCGCCACAUCACCUUCCAGAUGAAGCGAGCAGUUGGAUUGAGCCUCCUCCGACCGCAGCAGGUGGAGACGCCGACUUCCUCUCGGCUCUGUCGCAGGACAACCAGAGGCUGAGGAGGAGGAACUCCCUCCUCCUGUCGGAGCUCACCCACAUGAAGAAGCUGUACAAUGACAUCAUGCACUUCCUCCAAAACCAUGUCGCAUCGGUUUCCACAGAUCAAAGUUGUGCUGAUCCUAGAGGUCAUAGGCUAGUGAUGGACUCGCAAUCAGGAUCACAGUGGCACAGGGACGAAGGCAGCAUCAAGCUCUUUGGUGUUCCUCUUCAUGACAACAAGAAGAGAGUGCAUCUUGAAACUGAAUCAGAGACUUCAGAGAAGUAGCCAUGAAUUGUUUGAAGAGGAAGAGAUGUACAUGAGACUGUGUAAUUGCUUGAGGAAUGCCUCAGUCGAAUAAUAUGUUCUUUAAUUUGCAUCU